ACCUAUUCCCAAGAACUACCAACACAUCCUGGCCUUGGCAUUUGCCAUCCGGGAGGUCAAUAGAGACCCACAGCUUCUCCCCAACAUCACCCUGGGCUUCCGCAUCUAUGAAGAGAACCAGUAUGCAAGCAUGACCGAAGAUAUCAGUCUCUCUCUGCUCUCCAGCUGGGGAAAAGUGUUUCCCAACUAUAAGUGUGACACGCAGGACAAUGUUCUCUCUGUCCUUGGGGGCCUCAACUCCAGAACUUCACACCAGAUGUCAACCCUGUUUGGCAAUUUCAAGAUUUCUCAGCUAGGUUAUCGCUUCUCUGACCCUGUUUUGAGGGAUAAGAGCCAGUUCCCCACCUUCUACCAGAUCGAUCCCCAGUAUCACCUACAGAAUGCAGCCAUUGUCCAACUCUUUCUCUAUUUCCAGUGGAACUGGAUUGGGGUGGUUGUCCAGAAGUCACAGAGCAGUGACCAUUUCAUCCGGAUUUUUGAAGCCACCCUUGCCCAGAAUGACAUUUGCAUACACUUUGUAAAACAGAUCUUGCCCCGAAUCUCAAUAUUGAAUAUAUUGCAUAGAGAUCAAAUAUAUGUGCUUUUGACCAUUAUGAACAGUGAUGCUCAAGUUGUGAUUAUUUCUGGGGAUUCAAAUUCCCUGCAAAGCCUUUUAAUAGCCCUCUCCUGUUAUGAAGAAGAUACCCAAACUACUUUUGGGAAGGUCUGGAUCCUGACCACCCAAUGGGAGUUUUCAGCUAUUGGCUAUCACUAUGAAUGGGAGAAAUUAAAAUCUUUCCAUGGUGCUUUGUCUAUCACGGUUCACACAAGCCCAGUGCCAGGAUUCAAAGACUAUCUCUGGGCUCUGAAUCCACACGAACCCCAUGGAGAUGUCUUUCUUCCAGAAUGGUGGGAAGUUGUAUUUGACUGUGAAGUUUUGAAGGCAGGUGUGGGCUCACCUGAUGGCCGAAGGGUUUGCACAGGGGAGGAGAACCUGGACACCCUCCCGUACUCCGUCUUUAAUGGAAAGAUGCCUGGUUUCAGCUACAGCGUCUACAAUGCUGCCUAUUCUGUAGCACACGCAUUGCAUGCUGCAUAUACGUGGGAAUCACAACGGGCAUUGAAGAGGGGCAGAGAGAAGCCACACCUUAACCUCUCUGUGAAACCCUGGCAGGUGGCGACUGCCUUCGCCUCUGCCCAGCGCCUUUCAUUGCGCACCCUCAUCCUCCCCCGGUUGACAGCUCUGCCGCCGUCACCGCCACCAAGCCAUGGCCCCGGCGCCCCUCCGGCACCCCGGACAAGCGCAGGGCUGCUUUUGGGGGCUCCUGCGAGGGAUGCAGCUCGCUGUGACCCCUGCCCAGAAGACAAAUACCCUAACAAGGACAAGAACCACUGCAUUGCCAAGAAGACCCACUUCCUUGCCUAUCAGGAUACUAUGGGAUAUGCUUUAGCUUUUCUCACACUUUCUCUUUCCAUGAUCACAAUAGCAGUCCUGGUAAUUUUCCUCAAACAUCAUGACACACCAAUUGUCAAAGCCAACAACCGAGAUCUCACCUACAUUCUCCUGGUCUCCCUCCUGCUUUGCUUCCUCUCCUCCUUCCUCUUUAUCGGACAUCCCAGGAAGUUCACUUGUCAGUUCCGACAAUUUGCCUUUGCCAUUCUCUUUUCCCUCGCUGUUUCCUCUGUCUUGGCAAAAACUGUCAUGGUAGUUUUGGCCUUCAUGGCCACCAAGCCAGGGAACAAGUCAAGGAAGCUCUUAGGAAAACCACUGACCAACUUCAUUGUCAUAGCCUGUCCCCUGACCCAAGCAAUUAUUUGCACUAUCUGGCUGGCAACCUUCCCUCCAUUUCCAAACAUGGACUUCCACUCCCUGGUAGGAGAGGCCAUCUUGGAAUGUAAUGAAGGCUCAACUUCAAUGUUUUACACUGUCCUGGCCUACCUGGGUUUCCUGGCCCUUGUGAGCUUCACGGUGGCCUUUCUGGCUAGGAAACUGCCUGACAGUUUUAAUGAAGCCAAGUUCAUUACUUUUAGCAUGCUGGUCUUUUGCAGUGUUUGGAUCACUUUCAUCCCCACCUACCUAAGCACCAAAGGGAAGUCCAUGGUGGCUGUGGAGAUCUUCUCCAUCUUGGCCUCUGGGGCUGGUCUCUUGGCUUGCAUCUUUUUCCCCAAAUGCUACAUUAUCCUAUUGAGGCCCAAUCUGAAUUGCCGAGAGAACAUAAUGAGGCACAAAAAUCACUGA